AACCAGCGCACCGAGAUCCAGACCCUAUCUGACAUCCAGCUACUCCAGACCCAGCUCUUAUCUAUGUCAAGAUCCUGCCUACCAGACCCUCCCCGUUUUGAUGGCAAACCAUAUACUCUGCGCACCUGGCUCCCAUCCAUCCAAGCAAAACUCUGAUCAGACAAGCUCACUGGAGCUGAUGCUUUUGAUUAUGUAUGGGAUUGACUAGAAUAGCCACAACAGGCUUCAGUCCUUCACCUAUGCCAAUCUGCAGAAGAAACCCAGUCAUGGGAUGCAGAAGUCAUCUUCUUAUUCUUCCAGCAUCUUUGCCAUAAUCCCAGAGAACACCAGGAAGCCAUGCAGCGCUUUACUACUGUGUAGCAAUAGGAAGAUGAGUCCCUUAUUGCCUUUCUUGCCCGCUUUGAGCGCCUUAUGUAUGAGGCUAGAGCA